AUGGCAGCCUGGACUUUGUGGACGCUUCUGCUGUGUGCAGCCCUCACAUGGCCUGGAUCAAAGGCUCAAGAUUGUGGAAUGGCCCCUCUGAACACAAAGGGAGUCACAAGAAUAGUGGGAGGUGAGAAUGCCACAGCUGGCUCAUGGCCAUGGAUGGUCAGCAUGCACAUUGGUUUUGCUGCACUUCACAUCUGUGGCGGUACCCUCAUCAGUGACCAGUGGGUACUCACAGCAGCCCAGUGCAUCAUAUUAAACUUUCCAAAUGUAUGGCUUCUCUACUUCGGGAGAGAGACUCAGUCAGGCCCUAAUGUCCACGAGGUGAACCGCACCGUGUCACGGAUCAUCAUCCAUCCUGGUUACAAUAGCACGACAUUUGACAACGACAUUGCCCUGAUGAAGCUCAGCAGCCCCGUCACUUUUACUAACUUCAUCAGACCUGUCUGUCUGGCCAGUAACUCCAGCCAGUUUCACAACUCCACCCCCUGCUGGUCCUCAGGCUGGGGCAGAACAGCACGUGAUCAGCCUCCAUCAAACUCACUGCAGGAUGUUGAGAUUCCUGUCGUCGGAAACAAUCAGUGCGAUUGCAGCUACCGCUCAAUUCUCAAUCUUCUAAAAAUCAAUGAAAGAAUGAUUUGUGCGGGAACAGAGAACAAAGGAAUAUGCCAGGGGGACGGUGGUGGACCUUUGCAGUGCAAACAAAACUCAAACUGGAUCCAGGCUGGCAUUACUGCUUUUACAGUACCUUGUGCCGUGGCCAAUUUCCCUGCCGGCUAUGCCCGAGUGUCUGAGUUCCAGAGUUGGAUCAUGGAUCAAGUGGGGGGAGCAAAUGUUAGCUUUGUGACUUACAACUCCACCGGCACCGACCAAGAUGACAGCUUUGUGUGUCGCACAAAUAUGACCACGAAUUCCACCGCAUCGACUGCAGCAGCUGAGCUUACAUUUGUUGGUGUCUUGCUGACAUUGUUCCAGCAGCACAUUGUAGCACCAUAGCAGUUUUGCGCUGACAACUUCUUGAUUUUCUAUUCUGUUGGGCUAUGUUUGCCUUUAAAUAAUUUUUACAAAUAUUACACCUAUGAAUAACAUCACACGGAUUGUAGUGGAAUUUGUGUGUUGGAGGUGUCAUCAAACUGGAGCUUUAGUUUAGGAUUUUUGAAGCAUGUU